UUGCCAAGUGCGCACGAAGGAGGCACGAAGGAUGGAAGACGAAGGGUGCUCUGAAAACAACCAACCCGCACACACACUCACACGCCGCCUCUCUCUCUCUCUCUCUCUGUCUUGUGUGGGAUGGAUGCAGUGCCCUAAGCCCGUGCAGUAGUAGCAGUAGUGUCCAGAGAGUUGGUUGUUGAUGAUGAUGAUGAACUAACUCUAACUCACUCACUGACUGGCAUGGCACUGAUGAUUGCAACACACUGACUGACUGAUGCCUCUCUCUCCCUCUCUCUGUGUCUGGCCAUGGCGCUCCUUCCUUCCCUCCGUCCCCGCACCCUCCUCCACCGCCACCGCCAUCUCCACCUCCACUGUCCCCAUCCCCAUCCCUGUGCCUUUUAGAUCUACUGCUUACGUCUACUCUGCAUCCCCACAUUUGGUUUUCAACUAUGCUGAAAUGCGCGCUAGUAUGAAGAGCGGUGGGCAAGGAUGCGUGUCUUAAUGAAGGAUGUCUUCUCAUGAUGAUAUUUACUGCAAUAUGACUGCUUUUGUGAGAAGCAGACCUACGAGGUGGGUCGGUGCGAAAUUUUGUUAUGGAGGGUUAGCGAGUUGGUACUAUUCUCUAUCAUGCUAAUAACAUGCUUAUUUUCCUGAUCACUCCUGUUAAUCUUCAAGAACUGUGCGUAGUUGAAGGCUUUAUCUGGGUGCAAGCGGCGUGUCUAAGAUGUUUAUCAGAUACAGACGCAUGCAAUAUUGCAUGAAAUUGACGCAAUGCUUUUCUUACAAGGUUAAUGAUCAACCCAAUCGCCAGUCGUGGGCUUUUAAAAAUCAUCAGAUGUUUUUCCCUCUAAGUACUAGAGGCUGCAUUUGAUGAAAAGGCAGACUUCUACAGUGAAGUUUAGUUGUCUCAUUGCCUCUACAAGACCAUGACUACAAUGAAACCACUCUUGAUGAUUCCUGAAUCCUCUAUUCACUCACCAACGCCUAGUAGUCCCUCGUCCCCUGUAAGCACGGUUGGAAGUAGCUGUCUUCCCUGUGUUUCCAAUGAUAAGGAUCCUUAUCUCAGCCAGAGCCCUUCCCACACCUUCCUUAACGGAUCAUUCCUUUCAUAUCAAUCGGAACAUUCCUCCUUUGGUCAUGAUCGUUCUUCGUCUAGUUUACCAAGUGUAUCCUUUUCAGAUCCACAUGUAUCUUUACCAACCAUGCAGUCUUUUCCUCAGAAACGUUUAAACGAUGUAGCUUCAGAUCGUUCUGGUGAAACCAGUGAAAGCAGUAAGCAUAAAGAGAAUCGAAAGCAGACGCCUUUUGCUCUCAGAAAACUUAGGGGUCUUCUGCCUGUGCGUGAAAGUCUGAACUCCGAGUCAGACCCUAAACAUCGGGCGCCUCCCAGUGGAGCAGGUUCACCAAGGCCACCCUGGAAUGGUUUAGAUGAUGAACUUGGAGAUCCAGAGGAUUCUGCAGGACAAAAGAGUUCAAUUAAAGAGGAAAUUCCAAGAAGAAUCGUCUUCAUCAACAAUCCAGUCCGAACAAAUGAGAACUAUGAGAUGUCUGGCAAUCAAGUCCGCACUAGCAAGUACACAUUGCUGUCCUUUUUUCCAAGGAAUUUGUUUGAACAGUUCCAUCGUUUCGCCUACAUUUAUUUCCUCAUCAUCGUAAUAUUAAACCAAAUCCCAGCUCUCGCAGUGUUCGGAAGAACCGCGUCGCUUUUUCCUCUUGUUUUUGUGUUGGUAAUAACUGCUAUCAAAGACGGAUACGAGGAUUGGGGACGACACAAAUCAGACAAAGAAGAAAAUAACAGGACGUCGGUUGUGCUUCAGGAUGGGCACUACCACCCCAAGAGAUGGAGACGUAUUCAGGUCGGAGAAAUGCUCAAAAUUCAUGCCAAUGAAGCUGUCCCAUGUGAUAUGGUUCUACUUGGGACAAGUGACCCGUCAGGUGUUGCUUAUGUUGAAACACUUAAUCUUGAUGGAGAGUCCAACUUGAAGAGCAGAUAUGCGAGGCAGGAAACUGCCGACCAACAUCCGGAGAGAGGCCCAAUUGUGGGUGUUAUUGUUUGUGAGCCUCCUAACAGGAACAUAUAUGAGUUCACUGCUUAUAUGGAUUUGAAUGGACUUCAGAUACCACUUGGUCCAAACAACAUUAUUCUUAGAGGCUGUGAGGUGAAGAACACAGCAUGGAUUGUUGGAGUUGCUGUCUACGCAGGUGGAGAGACCAAGGCAAUGCUUAACAGUUCAGGUGCACAGUCAAAGAGGAGCAGAUUGGAAGAAUACAUGAACAGAGAAACUGGGUGGUUAGUUGUAUUUCUCGUAACUAUAUGCUUCGCGGGUGGAUUGGGCAUGGGGCUUUGGGUUGAGCAAAACUCGUCUUCGUUAACGAUCAUUCAGUUUUACAAGCUGACUGAUGGCUAUAUGUAUUCUGGCGUAUAUGGUGAAGGAAUAAUUGGAUUCCUGAGCUUUAUUAUCAUCUUUCAAAUUAUGAUCCCAAUUUCUCUGUAUAUUUCUAUGGAAGUUGUUCGUUUAGGCCAGUCGUACUUCAUGAUCAGGGAUAUGGAGAUGUUUCAUGCUGACACUAAUACAAGAUUUCAGUGUCGAGCCUUGAACAUCAACGAGGAUCUGGGGCAAAUUAAGUACAUGUUUUCUGAUAAGACGGGAACGCUGACAGAAAAUAAAAUGGAGUUCCACUCAGCUAGUGUAAAUGGCAUCGAUUACAGUGAUGCUUCUGCAGAGCAGUCUUCGGUUAAAGAGGAAGAGACCUGUGUCUCUGAAGCUUUUCUAAAGAAGUGGAGACCCAAAAUGGGAUCCAAGGUUGAUACCAGGUUAGUAAGGCUUCUUCAAAGCCCUCUUCACACCCAGGAAAGAAAAAUGGUUCAUGAAUAUAUGCUCGUUCUGGCAGCAUGCAAUACCAUUGUUCCGACAAGAGUUAAGAUGUCAUCCACGGGGGAGCUUGUAAUGCACGCUGCUAAUGGUGAAGAAGAUGUAGGAGUUAUAGAAUAUCAAGGAGAGUCUCCCGAUGAGCAAGCACUCGUAUCGGCAGCUGCUGCGUAUGGCUAUACUCUUAUUGAGCGGAAUUCGGCUAAAAUUGUUAUUGAUAUUAUGGGUGAAACUCAAACGUACGAAGUUCUGGGGAUGCACGAAUUUGAUAGUGUUCGAAAGCGUAUGUCAGUGAUCGUAGAAUGUCCUGAUAAAAGCAUCAAACUUCUCGUGAAAGGGGCAGAUACGACGGUGUUGGAGAUUGUUGGCAACUCAUCUGAGGUCGUCGAGUCAAGUGAGUCUAUGAAGGUUGAUUCACUUUCCGAAGUGAAGCAUUGUGCCGAGGUCCUUGUUAGAACAUUGGGACAUCUGGACAAUUAUUCAAGGGAAGGGCUGCGGACAUUGGUUGUGGCUUCAAAGGAGCUCACUCAAAGAGAAGUUGAGGAUUGGCAUUUUCAUUACGCAAAAGCUAGUACGGCUCUCACAGAUCGAGUAGACAUGCUUCGUAACGUAGCUGCUCUGGUAGAGAAAAAUUUGGUUUUGCUCGGAGCCACUGGGAUUGAGGAUAAAUUACAGAAGGGGGUGCCGGAAACCAUAGGCUUACUCAGAGAGGCAGGCAUCAAGGUAUGGGUGUUAACAGGGGAUAAACAGGAGACUGCUAUCAGCAUUGGCUUUUCUUGUCUAUUACUUACACGGGAUAUGCAUCAGAUAGUUAUUAAUGAAAUUUCCAAGGAAGGAUGUCGUGAAGCAAUUAGGAGCGCAAAAGCCACAUACGGUCUCAAAUUUGCUUCAAAAAGCCGAAGAUUUUCUUUUGGAAGGCGAAAUGCUUUGGAUGAUGAUGACCGCACAAAUAGUAACAAGCCCCUUGGAAGUUCUGUGGUCACGGCUUGGUCAACGUCUGUUUCUGGAUGCAACGAUGUUGGUGGUGGCGAAGGUCCUCUAGAACCAAAAUCUGACCAGUCUUUAGCACUAAUUAUAGACGGAAACAGUCUUGUGCAUGCUUUGUCGGAGGAGUUGGAACAAGAGCUUUUUGAGCUUGCAACAGCAUGUAAGGUUGUCGUAUGUUGUCGAGUUGCACCUCUUCAGAAAGCGGGUAUUGUCUCUCUUGUGAAACGCAAAAGCAAAGAUAUGACGUUGGCCAUUGGUGAUGGGGCAAACGACGUGUCAAUGAUACAAAUGGCUGAUGUUGGAGUUGGCAUCAGCGGGCAGGAAGGGCGACAAGCAGUUAUGGCGUCUGAUUUUGCAAUGGGGCAGUUUCGCUUCUUGAAGCGCUUUCUCCUAGUGCAUGGUCACUGGAAUUAUCAGCGCUUGGGUUAUAUGGUGCUUUACAAUUUCUACCGAAAUGCAGUUUUUGUCCUGAUGCUUUUCUGGUUCAUAUUCUAUACAGCAUAUUCUCCCCAAUCCGCUCUUACUGAUUGGAACUUAGUUUUUUACUCUCUGUUGUACACUUCUCUACCUACAAUUGUAGUUGGAGUAUUGGACCAGAAUUUGAACCACAAGACCUUACUAGACUACCCUUCCCUAUAUGGCUCUGGUCAGUGUGAGGAAGGCUACAACCGAAGGCUCUUCUGGGCUACCAUGCUGGAUACGCUUUGGCAAAGCCUCGUCCUUUUUUAUGUCCCAUUUUUUGUUUACAAUGAAUCUGAAAUCGACCUUUUCAGCCUUGGGUGCGUCUGGAUUAUAGAUGUAGUUUUGCUAGUUAAUAUUCAUUUAGCAAUGGAUAUUCUACGUUGGAACUGGCUUACGCAUGCAGCUGUUUGGGGAUCUAUAAUUAUCACCUUCCUUUGCCAGAUUGUCAUGGACGCGAUACAAUCAGCUGAUCAACUUCCUCACUAUUGGGUGUUCUUUCAUGUAGCUGCUGAUAUUCGUGCCUGGCUCAGUCUCCUCCUCACUGUGAUCAUAGCAUCGAUCCCCCGCUUUUUUGUUAAAGCCUUAUUGCAAAGAGUAUGGCCAACAGACUUACAAAUUGCAAGGGAGGCUGAAAUUAUAGGGCGUUGUAAUAGACGGUCUGGAACUUCGAUGGAGCUCAACGAGGUCCCUCUCGCUGCUGAUGCGUCGUAACCAAUGUUUUAUAUUUAUCUGGAAGGUUUCGUGACUUCACAAUGCAUUUUUCUCAUUGUUAGCUUAAGUACCUGACGAGGUGCUUAACCCAUUCGACCUGACAUCGACAAACCCAUCAGAUCCUGCUUAAGCGCUACCUUGAGCGCAUUUUCAAAUGCCCCAAUCAAAAUUCAACCGGUAUGCGUACACAGCGUUGAUACCUGGACAUGAGUUCUGGUGGUUAGCCUUUGUUCGAGUAGAUAAUUGAUUCGGCCAUUUUUAUUCUUUAUGUCCCAUCAUGAGAGCAUCUACAUGGGCCAGAGAUUGUAAGCAUCUAUUAACUAUUUUAUUUUUCGUCCACCUGAUCACUUUGAAGACAGUUUAGAUUGUCACAGUAUCAUUUAUUCAAUUAUUUACUGUACAGGACGUAUUACUCUGGUUACAUCUGUAAUUACAUUUUCAGAUUCUCCGUUGCAUUUGAAAGCGCAAAGUUUUCCAUACAUCGUUUGAACCAUGAGCUACUUUAUUGAAAUGUCGAUUACAGAUGGGGCUGUGCUUUUACUGUUUAGCAGUUCAACCCAA